ACGUGGCCAUAUCAAGUCUGCUGCGUUCAAGUUGCGCAGUGUCCCGUCUGGAGGCAGCGAGAGGGCGAAGUUUCACUAUCUGCAUUGCAGCCCGAGAGCUGCUGCCGGAACCCAACACAACAAUGGCGACUCCCAGUCCUGACAGCACCUCCUCCAGCUCCAGCAACAGCUUCAGCAUUGUAGGAUCCGCGUCGCACCAAUUCCACCAGCAGACACAGAGUAGCAGUAUGCAAGAAACCAACAGCUGCUGGAGAUGUCAAAAUGAAACAGGAUUUCAGAUAAGCCUGUCUGGAGUUUCCCAAAGCAAACGUAAAGCGCUGAAGCUGAAUUUCGCCAGCCCACCGGUGAAGCCAGCAUCCCGCCUUCCGCUCAAUCCGACGCCCCCUUCCUUCCAGAACCCCCACAUAGAGCGGCUGCGGACGCACAGCAUCGAAUCGUCAGGGAAGCUGAAGAUUUCUCCUGAGCAGCACUGCGACUUCACGGCUGAGGACCUGAGAGACCUCGGGGAGAUCGGCCGAGGGGCGUACGGCUCCGUCAAUAAGAUGGUCCACAAACCCACGGGCCAGAUUAUGGCAGUCAAGAGGAUUCGUUCCACUGUGGAUGAAAAGGAGCAAAAGCAACUGUUGAUGGAUCUCGACGUGGUGAUGCGGAGUAGCGACUGUCCAUACAUUGUUCAGUUCUACGGGGCGCUCUUCAGAGAGGGGGACUGUUGGAUUUGCAUGGAGCUUAUGUCUACCUCAUUAGACAAAUUUUAUAAAUAUGUAUAUUGUGCAUUCGAUGAUGUUAUUCCAGAGGAAAUAUUAGGCAAAAUAACAUUAGCGACCGUGAAAGCACUGAACCACUUAAAGGAAAACUUGAAAAUAAUUCACAGAGACAUCAAACCUUCCAACAUUCUCAUGGACCGAAAGGGUAACAUCAAGCUGUGUGAUUUCGGGAUCAGCGGCCAGCUUGUGGACUCCAUAGCCAAGACCAGGGAUGCUGGCUGCAGGCCCUACAUGGCACCUGAAAGAAUAGACCCCAGUGCCUCUAGACAAGGUUACGAUGUUCGCUCAGAUGUAUGGAGCUUGGGAAUCACCUUGUAUGAGCUGGCCACUGGAAGGUUUCCAUACCCCAAGUGGAACAGUGUUUUUGAUCAGCUGACGCAAGUGGUGAAAGGAGAGCCUCCACAGCUCAGUAAUUCUGAGGAGAGGCAGUUCUCCCCGAAGUUCAUCAAUUUUGUGAACUUAUGCCUUACAAAGGAUGAAUCUAAAAGGCCAAAGUACAGGGAGUUGCUGAAACAUCCGUUCAUUCUCAUGUAUGAAGAGCGUUUUGUGGAUGUCGCCACUUAUGUGUGCCGCAUCCUGGAUCAGAUCCCCGCCUCUCCCACUUCUCCCAUGUAUGUGGACUGAGGGCGUUUUUGGCGGGUGAGCGCACUGUCCUCCCCUCCCGUGCAGCGGGUAAGAAACUUCGCCCGGCGACUCCCGCAUUCUUCGCUCCCGGACUUUUACAGAAUCAUCGAUUUAGGAACGUUCCAAAGAAGAGAGGAACACAAGUGGUGCAAUGGAAUAAAUAUCGUGAAGCCAACCCUUCUUCUACCACACCGUCAUCUUAUUUCAAGUCACUCAUUGUUCACGGAAAGAUACGAAAAAAAUCUACCAAAUAAAACAAACAGACUAUGACUAAAAAUAGCCACCUUUUGGAUUGUGCGUUAUAGACUGUACGUAUGCUUUUGUGUGUUCAGCUCUGUCAACACACACACACGCGACCGCGUCUUGGACUUUGGCUCCACGGUAACUAAAUAAGUAUGCAAAACGCGCUAUCCGGGUAGAUGAUUAUGAAUAUGGUUGUGUGGCUUUAUGUCCUCCUUUCUCUCUUCAAUGUGGAAUAUGUGAGUGUUUGUCUUAACCACACAAUGAGGACAAUAGCCAAUGCUCACGCUCAAGGUCGUCCUAGUUUGCACCUCUUCUUUACUGCCAUUGCAUUCAAGUCACUGAGAUAGACAUCAUUUUUCCUCGCAUAUUAUUAGAACUAUUUGGGAGAGUCUUAGGCCACAACAACAUAGAUUUCGAAACCCGUCAUGUCCACUGUCGUAACCUCUGAUUUUGUAUACAGAACCUUACUGAAUGGUUCAAUAACUUUUACGGUAGCGAUUGACUAGUGUGAUUCAAGAAAAUCAAGAAGAAUGCAGAAUAUUUCUGAACGGUCUGCUUGGAUGAAGCCGAACGUCCGACAGAUCAUUUUGUCUUUUGCGAAAUAAUCUCCAUUUUGUGUGUCUUGAUAUGUAUCUAAAUAGGAAUUUGUUUGAUUUUCACAUCAAAUAAAUGUUUAUCUCUCGUGACUUGAAAAUAAUGACAACCCACAAACUGGCUAAUGCAAUGCUUGCCUGAUGUAAAGUUACUUGAUGUCCACUGAUGUAUAUGUGUAUGUAUAUAGUGCAUCUAAUCUGCUGUUCUUGGCAGGUUUUGCAAGACCAUUCAGGCCUAGUCGAACAAAACCGCAAAGAUGUUGGUUGGGGGAGUGCAGUUUGCAAAAAAGAAAAAAAGGAAAAGGAGUGGAAUUUUCCAUUUGAGAGCGGGCCCUGGUGCUUCUUAGCAUCCUGUCUUGGCACUGUACAGUUUUAUUGCUCAACCACACUGAUCACAGAUCCACCCUGCUGCAUUACAAAGACAAACAGGUGUAACUAUGUAUAUUUGAGAAAUAGCCUCCCAAGGUUUUCCACCUCAUAGAAAAAAAAAACAACACCAAUAUGCUGCUAAAUGAUGUUCUCUUCCACUUUAACUGUCGAGAGUGGUGAAAGAUCACUUUUCAUUUUGAUACUCAACCGUGGACUCAGCAUGUUCUUCUAAGCAUGUCGCUCUCUGGCUUGCACUGAAGGUGGAAAAAAAAAAAUACAUGAUUAUGUAUUUCAAUCAAAAUGCCCAGAAUCUCCCGAAUAGGGGCCAGAGAGGUCAUAAAUUUGGACUAUUGAGAUGCAUUGCAUUAGAGUCGGUGUUCUCUCUUUUAGGUCAACUUGGAGAUUCUGUCACUACUUAUCCGUCUGUCUUCAUCUGUAAUGCAGAGAUGGUGCAAACCUACCAAAAAAAAAAAAAAAAAAAAGAUAUGUUCCUCACCUAUGUUUUCUCACCCUAGUGAAUGCAGAUCACUGGGAUACAUGUUGUAUAAAUUGCAAUCUACUAGAAUGUUCAUAUUAGAUUAUAAAAUAAUAUUAAGGGCAAUUAAUAUUAUAUUGUAUGUCUAUCGAGGGUUACCAAUAAAGUUCCUGUGGAAAAGA